AUGAAACAAACCGAACAAUGUAUUCUUCUGUUACGUCCCUAUAAGAAAGUGCCAACAGAUAAGAAAAAGUAAUUAGUUGAAUUAGUAUUUUAGAAAGACUGGAAAAUAAAAUAAGUUCUCAUUAUUUUUUAUUUUAGGCCUCUAUGCACCUUGGUAUUAAUUAUGCUACAGCAAAGAAUAUAAUUUUUAGAUUCAGAAGGACCAAUAUUCAAAAAAAACCAUAUAAACUUCCAGAAUCAAAGAGAUGCCAGUACAAAUUAAUUGGAUCAUCUAAAUCAAGGAUAAAGCUUGUAUGCAGCUAGGGAGGAGUACUAACCUGUGAUUUGA